UAGAAUGCGUCCGCCAUUUUCUCCGGGCAGAAGCCAAGCAGGCGGGGGAAGGGGAGGUUUGGCGGACGGAACGACGACGACCCUCCGGAGGCUGCGAGGAGACGGAGAGGCGGGCUGAAGGGGAAGAAGGCCCCGGAGACGACGACGAUAACACCGGCGGAGACCCGUCCCCUUCUUCCCUUCCUCCUCCUUCGGGGGGGUUUAUGUUGCUGCGCUGGGGGAGGAUGAACGGAGGAUAAAUGGUGCCCAAGGCAGACAGCGGCACUUUCCUCCUCCUUUUCCUGCUGGUGCUCAGCAUCACCGAGCCGCUGCGGCCAGGGGACCGUGCGUGGUGACAAAGGAUCCUUCAGAGGAAAUGUUUGUUGAGAACUGCAACCAGCCUGGACUGCAUUGUGUGAGGCUCUGCACAGACGUAAUAAACGGUUUGCUUUUGUCAAAGAGCUGCUCCGCGUGAAGCAUCCCCCCCAGUCCAGCUGGUGUAUUGACUGCUGAGAAGUAUUCCAAGUGUGAGGUGAGCCCCCGCCUAAGCAGACUUGGAUGGGUGCCCAGGCAGCUUUGUUCUGACCACCCACACUAUGCCCAGGAGGUGCACGGCUAGCUCUGGCAAGACUUCUUUCAGAGCUACGCUGUACCGCUGGGCAAUUUGCUUGUCGCAGUGGUUCCAUCCAGUGCAUCCCCUUGAACUGGCAGUGUGAUGGAUGGCCCACCUGCGAGGAUGAGAGUGACGAAGUUGACUGCCCAAAUUUUACGGGGGACCAGCGGACCUACCAUGGGAAGGAGACCAUGGAUUCCAGGCACUAUCGCGGAAGAGGAGGAGACACAACCCGCUUUCACACAGUCAAUAUGGCACAGCCAGUUCGGUUUAGCAGUUUCCUAGGGAAAUGCCCAUCAGGAUGGCAUCACUAUGAGGGCACUGCCAGUUGCUACAGGGUGUACUUAAAUGGUGAGAACUACUGGGAUGCUGUGCAGACGUGCCACAGAGUGAAUGGAUCCCUGGCCACCUUCACCACUGACCAGGAGCUCAAGUUUAUCCUGCAACAGGAGUGGGACUCGGAGGAGAAGGCCUUUGGGAGGAAGGACCAACGCAGGUUCUGGGUUGGAUAUCAGUAUGUCAUCACCAACCGAAAUAAUUCUCUAGAAGGUCACUGGGAGGUUGCUUAUAAAGGUUCAUCAGAAGUAUUUUUGCCCCCUAACCCAACACUUCCAACAUCUGUGUCUGAAAAUGAAAACAUCCUCUGUGCCCAGUUCCAGUGCUCCCAUUUCCCAACCCUUCGACACCGUGGUUUUCACAGCUGGUAUGCUGAAAACUGCUAUGAAAAAUCUUCAUUCCUUUGCAAAAGAAGCCAAACCUGUGUGGACAUCAAAGACAAUAUUGUUGACGAAGGCUACUAUUUCACUCCAAAAGGAGAUGACCCCUGUUUAAGUUGCACGUGUCACAAUGGCGAGCCAGAGAUGUGUGUGGCAGCUUUGUGUGAGCGGCCACAAGGCUGUCAACAGUAUCGCAAAGAUCCCAAGGAGUGCUGCAAGUUUACAUGUCUAGAUCCUGAUGGCAACAGUUUAUUUGACUCCAUGGCAAGUGGCAUGCGUCUCAUCGUGAGCUGCAUAUCUUCUUUCCUAAUUUUGUCUCUGUUGCUCUUUAUGGUCCAUCGACUGCGGCAAAGACGCAGGGAACGCAUUGAGUCCUUGAUCGGAGCAAACCUGCACCACUUCAACUUAGGCCGCAGGAUGCCUGGCUUUGAUUAUGGCCCAGAUGGUUUUGGAACUGGACUCACACCACUGCAUCUUUCGGAUGAUGGAGAAGGCGGAGCAUUUCACUUCCAUGACCCUCCUCCACCCUACACGGCUUACAAAUAUCCAGAUAUCCAGCACCCGGAUGAUCCACCUCCCCCUUAUGAGGCUUCCAUCAACCCAGACGGCAUUCUUUGUUCUCCACCAGAUGGAGUCCACUCCCAGACUGGGCCAAACAGUCAGUUGGCGCUAGGAAAUGGUGACGCCUCUCCCCCGCUCACAGAAGAGUCUCUCCCUCCGUCAGUUGGCCCUUCCCCAGUUGAGCUGGAAGACUCUGCUGACAGUAGCACCCUCCUUGUACCUCCAGAUACGCCCUUAAGUGAAAGCACACCGGCAGAGACCCUAACAGGCAGCCGCCACAGUCACUGUUCUCUAAAUACCAUUGUAUAAAGGAACGAAAUUGAGGAACAGAAACAAAACCCUUACUGCCGGUCAGAAAUAAUAAAAUUGAGCAACUGUUUGCACACCAGAGCUACAGGUGGACACUCAUCAUUGGACAGAAUGUCUGAAAUAAGCUCCACUUCUUCGAUUUUUAACAUUAGUUUUAUGUUCUAGUCUAGAUUUGUGCCUCCUGGCAAUUGCUGUCAUUUUCCAUUCUGGUUAGGUUGUCCCCUUGAAAUGAUUGUAUGAUUGCCCUUUUUCUACUGGUUCUGGGAAAAGAGCAGAGGAUUUUUUUUUUAAAAAGUCAUUUUUUGUUUUUAAAGAGGAAGAAAGCAUGGAUAGUUUUCUUGUUGUCUGCCCUCUCCCCUUGUAAAUCAUGGAACAGAAAGGCCAUGAGAUGUACGUUGGCUGAAGACGUUUGGAAUUUUGGAGCUCUUGGGAAAAGCAGGCGCUGAAAGAAAGGUACGAAUGGCCAGCUGCCGUAGAGUCAUCCACUUCCCCAAGUCCUGUUACAUUCCCUUCUUGAGCGCAGAAGAAGAUUGGAGUUUGGUUCUGCUUGUUGCCUCUUGGAACAGAAGCCAGAUUCCUGGCAGACAGAAACAUGAACCAAAAGAGAGCCUGGGACUCAAUUUCUAAUCUUCAUGUAGCUUCUGUUGCUGCCUUGGAAGCAGGACUGUGAGAGUGAAGGGGUUUGUGGUACAUUGGACUGUUUCCUAAAAGCAGGUACUAAGAUCCAGAUGUGGAGCUACUGACCUACUGGUUUAGCUGUAAAAUCUUGUGCUAGGAUGGUUCCAAAUCUGUGACCCACAAACUUGUGUGUAGGCUUGUGACAGGUGUUGCACAUUUUUUGGUACUGGGGUUUGGGAAAGAGAUGCAUUUGGAAUCACUCUGUCUUUUGGGGG